ACCAAAACGUAUUUACCAUGGUUACAAGGGGAGCAUGCGCAGUUGCCUUAACAUCGUGUUUGGCGACCAAGGAGUUUCGCAUUAAACUUAAACAGAAUUCCCAGUUCGCAGGUGAGUUCUUCGCUAAAUUAGCGAAGAGGCACGUGUCACUUAUUUCGAAUCACAAAGAUGCAACCAUCUCACCUCCCCAUUCUCCUGCCACGAUGACCUGUCUCAGAGCUUACUUGCGAAAACCCUGUCCGGACUCCACAGGGACAUCCUCCUUCCUCCUCAGUACUCAUGGUCAGCUGAAGCUGUCAGUUUUACAGGAGAAUCAAGUGCUUGUUGUUAGUGUUCUGGAGGCAAGGAGCAUUUUGGGGGAGAGCCAGGGUUCAUGUGACUCUUAUGUGAAGGUUGGCAUGUUUCCAGACAGCGAUCCUAGCGGCAGACAGAAGACUCAGAUGGUUCCCAACUGCAAGAACCCCAUCUUCUUACAGACCUUCCACUUCGUUGUCAGUGAGUCGGACCUUCAUAAGAGACUGCUCGUAACGAUGUGGAACUCUGACUCUACAACAAGGAUGAGCGCGCUGCUGGGUUGCAUGAGCUUUGGUGUGCGCUCCCUUAUGGACGAAGGCAAGGAGGUUCGGGGAUGGUACUACCUGCUUGGGGAGGAGGUGGGGAGGAUGAAACAUCUGAAAGUACCCCAACAAAUCAACCGCACUACUGACGCUGUGCUGUCAAACCAUGGUGCUGCCCUCGAGACCAAUUGCCCGGAGAAUAUGCAAUGCUUAACAGUGACUAUCCUUCGAGGAAAGGAUGGAUUUGGCUUCACCAUCUGCUCCGAUUCCCCUGUGAGGGUGCAGGCAGUUGAUCCAGGGGGUCCAGCGGAUCAGGCCGGCCUGCAGCAGCUGGACACGCUCCUGCAGCUGAACGGUCAGCCGGUGGAGCAGUGGAAGUGUGUGGACUUGGCCCAUGCCAUCAGAAAUAGUCCCAGCGUAAUUACGGUGGUGGUGUGGCGCACCGGCCCCUCAGCCAAGCCUAAUUUCGAGGGCCUCAUCCAUCGGCCCACUUACAAGCCCUCCGCCUCUAACUACGAUGCCCCCUCGCCACCGACGCGCAGGCGAGCCGCCGAUAUCGGCACGAGCAAAAGCCCGCCGGCCGUCCCGCCUCUGCCGGCGCACCACCGGGCCACCGCCACCCGCAGGUUGCUGGUCAAUGGCUCCGAGGCCGCCAGUAGCGGUGUAGGCAUGGGGACCCUGGCGUGGGGGGCUCAGGGAGGGUCGGCCGAGGAGCUGGACGGGAAGCCGCGGCACCUGCACCACCCUCACACUGCCACGCUCAAGGGGACCAGGGUGAAGGCGUCCAACGGCGACAACUACAUCAUCCUUGCACCCAUCAACCCUGGAAGCCAGAUCUUGACGCCUGUUUACCAGGACAACCAGGGAACAUUAGCCGCCAGGUUGUACCCCACACGCCAGGCUCCUGUUCCACAGCCCCAGGCUGGUGGAGGCGGUGGGGGUGUGUUUUCUGGAGGCGUGAGUGGCAGCGGCGCUGCUGGCGGAGGAUUCUCCAGUCGCACUGGCUUCUUGCGACGGUCCAACAACUCCAAGACGGCGAAGACGUCGUCCACCUCCACCGGCGCCGGUGGGCCCGUCUAUCCGCAGCAGAACGCCAACUUCGCCAAUUACCAGAACUGUACCAUUGUCCGCUCACACACUCCUCAUGCUAAUUAUGGAUAUGUCAAGGUGGCGCCCAAGAUCCUCAUCUUCCCUAUUUUUGUUCAGCCUCUGGACCUGUGCAGCCGAGCUCUCAUCAUAUCUGAAGAGAUGAUACUACACGAGAGCAAGCACCACUCUCUCAAGGUGACGGUGUUUGUCUACAGCGACCUGAUGCUGGUUACUAGAGAAGACGAGCCAGGCAGGUGCAACGUGCUUCAGAGUCCCUUGUUCCUACGACAUCUGCGGCUCCAGGACGAUUUUGCUGAAGAGCUGAGGUUCUACCUCAUUCACAUGACCGAGAAGUGUGACUGCCUGCUCAGCCUGGAAGCCUAUUCAGCGGACCAGAAGCGUCGCGUGUGUCAGUGCCUGAAGGACAACAUUGACAAGCAGCUCCAGCUUCACAGGAGGGAGCCUGUCGUUCCGCAUUUUGACCAGAUGUUGGAGCCUAAGGUGGAUGCCCCCUCGUGUGAACUGGGCGGAGUGGGAGGAGGUGUGUGUCUCCAUCUGCCCCCCCGCAGCUCAGAGGGCGAGGACAGCAGUCUGUAUCCCUCGAGCCCCUCGGAGCCCCCAACGCUGGGCAGUCCUCACCCGUCGGAGCCCCUCACCCCCCUGGAUGAGGUCUACAUGCCCCUCGGGGGUUUGAUGGGAUCUGUGGACCGGCAUAAGGUGCCUCCCACACCGCCCCCGUCCACAGAAGGUGAGGAUUGCAAGAGCAUGGAGGGGAACGAGAUGGAGCUCUGGAGAGAGAUGAAGGACGUCGAGAACAGGGGGGAAGAAGAAGAGGAGGAUGGCUCCAGCAGGAAGAGUGCGGGGAGUGAAAGGGACGAAGGAGAGGAGGAAGGUGAGAAGAAAGAGGAGGCGCUGAUCAACCUGAACCUGAUGGUGUCAAACACAGACGAGGACUACGCCUCAGAGCCCCCGGACCCCAACGCUCCUCCAUCCUCCUCCUCGUCCUCCUUCGUCAUCCCCGAGCUGCGCCUCGACCGCUCCUUCAGCGCCGACGCCCUCUCCUCCCCCAACACCGACGACGAAGAGUACGACGAGGACGAGGAGUCGGAGGAGGACGAGGACGAGGACGACAGCGACGACGCCUACCUGCAGCGCAGCGACAGCAAGCGCCGCAGCAUGGUGGAGGGCGCCACCUGCGAGAAGCACGGCGGGGGCGGGCUCAGCGUGCAGAACUCCCUCCGCCGGCGCACGCACAGCGAGGGCAGCCUCCUGCAGGACCCCCGCACGCCGUGCUUCACCUCCGACAACGCCAUCAACUGCCUGGAGGUGGGCGGGGCGCACCACAAGGGCGGCUGGACGCUGCCGUCGCCCAAGACCCUGAAGAAGGAGCUGACCAAGAACGGCGGCUCCAUGCAUCAGCUGUGCAUGCUGUUCUCCGGGCGGAAGCUGAGCUCCGGAUCCCCCUGUAGCUGCGAGGUCGGCCCUGACGGGACCAAGAAGAAGAAAUCCAAGAACCUGGCCAAAGACAUGAAGAACCGCCUGGCUUUCCUGCGGAGGAGGAACGAAUCUCCAGGAAGCAACCCGGCCAGCAAGCUAGACAAAUCCAUGAAGUCAGUCAAACCCUGCCCGGAGGAAGCGCUCAAAUGGGGGGACUCGCUGGACAAACUGCUGACACACAAAUAUGGCCUGGCGGCGUUCAGAGCUUUCCUGCGGACGGAGUUCAGCGAGGAGAACCUGGAGUUCUGGCUGGCGUGCGAGGAGUACAGGAAGAUAAAGUCGCAGUCCAAGAUGGCGUCCAAAGCCAAGAAGAUCUUCGCCGAGUACAUCGCCAUCCAGUCGUGUAAAGAGGUGAACCUGGACUCCUACACCAGAGACCACACUAAGGACAACCUGCAGAAUGUGACGCGCUCCUGCUUUGACCUGGCGCAGCGGCGGAUAUACGGGCUGAUGGAGAAAGACUCAUAUCCCCGCUUCCUGCGCUCAGAACUCUACUUGGACUUAAUCAACCAAAAAAAGCCCAGCUCCACUUCGACCUCCUCCUCUUCGUAAGAGGCCAGAAGCUGAGACGAGGAGAAGAGAAAGAUGACGAAAGAAAAAAAAAACAAAAACAUGGGCAGACUUGAAACAUGUACAGUGGGUGUGUGGGAGUUAUUUUGGUUUGCCUUUUUUUUAUUUCAAUCUCUGUUUGUCAUCCAGUCCACUAUGAUGUUUUAUUGUUAUGGUGUGAGAGGACCGGCGAAGCUACGGCAAUGCAGAGGAAUGUAGUUUACCAGGAUGGAUGGAAGAAUGGAUGGGCUGACGAGUGCGUGAAUGGUUCUUGCUAAAUGACACAAGCCCGCAAGCGAGGGCUGAAACAGAAGCUGGACACUUGUCUCAUCACUGUUGCUUUGUUGUUUCAGUCUCUUGUGUAUCCAGUUUUACUGGUGAAACGGAGGGGUCGCCUCAAAAAAAAAAACAAACCCUGCAGACGUGAAGACAGUCCGGUACUGUUUUGUCACCCUCCUCCUUUUAUUUUGAAAGUCCCACUUUAAACCCUUCCUCUGUGAAGCCUCGUCAGAGCUGUCGGUACGACACAAAGUCCUUCUCGCGGUGUUUUCACCAGGUUCCAAACACAGCGGCGAAGGGGGAAAGAAGACGCGGCGAUGUCUGAACGAAAACUGGUGUUGACGCUGUGUUUCACAUGCAUCUCUGUUAACCUCCGAGCUUCUAUAGAUGACGCUCAUCUCACUCGAUUCACCCGGAGACUGCGAAACGUGCUGAACCUUUGACAAAGUCGGAGACGGCGACGGGGCGAAGAGCGCGCGUGCGACUGGAGACCGGGUCGAAGGUCACGCUGCAGAAAACGACGACUCGCUCCCCGUCUCCAAAGACUGUUUACAACCAGAAGCGAAGAAAAACACACAAAAAACAAGGUGUCCAUGCAGACAUUUCCUUUAACGUUGUAGCUUAUUCUGGACUAAUGGAGGAACAUUCUCAGGACAUUGCUGUGACAGGUCUCGCUCGGUUUAACUCCUCAACUCGUUCUGUUUUUCUACACGCUCACUGUUUUUCUAUGCUUUAGGGAUCUGGCGCUCCCUAGUUCCACUGAGCAAUACACAAGACGUUGCUUGUUCCGUAGUCGGAGUUGGAAAAAAAACAAAAAAAAACGCUUCAAGUUGUACAAAGGUUUGCCUAUUUAUUUAGAUUAACUCUAACUCUCACGUCCUCCAAAGCACUCAGCUAAAAGCUCUCACUUUCCUCUUAACCACCAAACAGGUCCUGAACUUUAAGUGCAAUAUAUUUUUAUUUUAUUAUUAUUGUUUUUGGUUCAUUCAUUUAUUUGAAUAACUUUAAAUUUUUAUGGGAACGACAAACAGCUUGAGCUCUGUAUUAACUUUAUUUGUUAAGAGACAAAAACAAACUUAGAGCUAUAAGGUUGACUUACGUACAUUUUCAAGAACCAUGCGUAGUUUAUUGAAUUUUAAGCAAGUGAUUCUAACUGUGUGUUGAUCUCCGGCAGCAGGCAGCUGGAGGUGUCAUGGUUGUAAAUAUAAUUCUUUAAGAAAACUAUGUGAUAACACAUUAAAAAAAACAAAAAACUAAUAGGUGUGCGCUGGUGGAGAACGUGGGACCCAGCUGUACCUAUGUAAAUAUGAGAGGCUCACAACUAUAACAUCACGUGUAUUGUUAAGUAGGUGAGCUACUGUAGAGCAGGCCCGGUCCGCCCCCCCCCCAUGGCCAUACACUGCUUAUAAGGAGCUCUCUGAAAUGCAUUUCAUCAUUCUCACUGUUUACAAGUCAAAAUGCAUCUCCUAAGAUAGCAAGUGGAAACAGUAGAGUACAUUUGGUGUCACUGCUAAUGAUAAAUAAACCAACCAACUGAUGAAGUAAGA